UGCUACAAAUUUGCAGGACCUCGCUAUAAAAGAGAUCCGAUCUCACCCCUGAUCGGCGCCGUCGUUAAUUCCAAGAAGAGAAGAAUCCCAAAACCUUCAAGCCGCCAUGGGUCUGCAGGAGGACUUUGAGGAGUACGCUGAGAAGGCGAAGACCUUGCCUGAGAGUACUAGCAAUGAGAACAAGCUUAUCCUCUAUGGACUCUACAAGCAGGCCACUGUUGGAGAUGUGAAUACUUCUCGUCCUGGCAUGUUCAACCCGAGGGAAAGGGCGAAAUGGGACGCAUGGAAGGCUGUUGAAGGCAAAUCAAAGGAGGAAGCUAUGAGUGACUACAUCACCAAGGUGAAGCAGCUCCAGGAGGAGGCUGCUGCUGCAGGCGCCUCCUGAAAGUUGAACGCUAUGCUACAUGGUUACUGUCAGCUGAACUCUAUGCUAUCUGAUUGCUGACAACUAGACCAUUCUAUCCAUUUGAGAUGUGAACUAUGUACCUCUUCCUGUACUGUUGCAUAAUUUAUCCAGACAUCUAUCCAUCAGGACUCUAUUAGUCCUGUGAAUCAUAAUUAUCUUUAGAAUCUUUAUCUAUGUGCUCAUGUACAGCACAAAAGAGAAUAAUGGUUGGCAAGCCAGUUGCAUGCCCCAA